CAUUAAUAGCCGACUAUACCUGUGACGUUUAGGGCCGCUGCUCGCCUGUGUCAUUGGUAAAUGACCGAAGAUGUCUCAUAGCAGGCUGUUUGCACGAUUGCUCUGGCAGCAAAAUGGAGUGAGACAUUGUUAUACUGCAUCUAGGAAAAAUCUCUACAUCAACAAGGACACAAAGGUCAUUUGCCAGGGCUUUACUGGGAAGCAGGGAACCUUUCACAGUCAGCAGGCUCUGGAAUAUGGCUCACAACUAGUUGGAGGAGUUUCCCCUGGAAAAGGGGGUAAAGCCCACUUAGGUCUGCCAGUCUUCAACUCUGUGAAAGAGGCCAAGGAUGGAACUGGGGCUGAUGCCACAGUUAUCUAUGUGCCUCCUCCCUUUGCUGGUGCUGCUAUCAUAGAGGCCAUUGAUGCUGAAAUUCCACUGGCCGUGUGUAUUACAGAAGGCAUCCCCCAGCAGGACAUGGUACGAGUUAAACACAAGUUGAUCCGCCAAAACAAAACCCGUCUCAUUGGCCCAAACUGUCCAGGAGUCAUCAAUCCAGGUGAAUGUAAGAUUGGAAUUAUGCCUGGUCAUAUUCAUAAGAAGGGAAGAAUUGGAAUUGUCUCUAGGUCAGGGACCCUCACAUAUGAAGCAGUCCAUCAGACCACACAGGUUGGGUUGGGACAGUCUCUUUGUGUUGGAAUUGGUGGAGAUCCUUUCAAUGGAACAAACUUCAUUGACUGCCUCGAAGUUUUCCUGAAGGACCCAAAAACAGAGGGAAUUAUCCUGAUUGGAGAGAUUGGAGGAAAUGCAGAGGAAGAUGCUGCAGAAUAUCUAAAACAACAUAAUUCUGGUCCUGAUGCCAAACCUGUUGUGUCAUUCAUUGCUGGCCUGACCGCUCCACCAGGCAGGCGAAUGGGCCAUGCUGGGGCCAUUAUUGCUGGAGGAAAAGGAGGUGCGAAGGAGAAGAUCGCUGCCCUGCAGCAGGCUGGAGUGGUAGUCAGUAUGUCCCCUGCACAGUUAGGCAGCACCAUGUUCAAGGAAUUUGAGAAGAGGAAGAUGUUAUAAAUGUAAGAAAACACAAAUGCAGCAAUCUGUCUCUGUAUCCAUUGUGAAGAGACUCAGAUUUUCCUAUAAUCAACUCCAAUGCAUAUACUUACAGAUUAUAUUUUAUUUCAGUCUGUACACAUAAAUGUACAACAGAAGAAAAAAUAAAUUUGUCAUUGAACAUUU